AAAUUAAAGCCAUAAAAAAUACAGUCAACACAUAGAAUUUUUAAAGGUGUUUGACAGGGAUUUCGGGUUAGGUGAAUUUGAAUUCAAAAAUUAUGAAUAUAGGAAUGAUUUUUUGGAAUCAUUUAGUAAAACAAUUUGUAAAUAUUCUGUGUUUUGCAUUGUCGAUGAAAAUGUGAGACGGUUAGGCGUUUCUUUCCCUUGAAAAGUUAGACUACAUUUUUACAACUGAAGAUGUUUAAGCUUAGAAAUCAAUAGAAGACGAAGAAUCCUAUGAGUCACGCUGCCAUAAGUCUUGGUUUUUUUUUACUUUCAACUGUAAGGGUAAUUCAAAAUUUCAAAUUUCAAAUAUUUCAGAAACCUGAGCUAUUCAAUUAGGCUAACAGCGUUCGAUUCAAAACACAACAAUUUAAUUUGCAAAGCAUCUCUCGUCGAAGUGGAAAUUUGCAGUAAAAAGCUGAUGCAAAACCUUUGCUCAGCGUUGAGCAAAAUGGGCCUUCUUUGCUUUGUCUUAGACCUUUCUUCCUUUCAACCUUCCCUCCUGAAAGAUCUGAAGCAGUAUUUGCUUGAGCUUGCCAAUCUUUACGCGCUCAGUAAAGAAAGUAGAGAGGAAAUACAUAAAUAUAGCUGCAGUGCUAUUGCUUUAUGCUGCAUUCAAAAGAAUAAGGUCUCUGGAUCGAAUGAGCUUAGAAUCGCUUAUCAUCCACAAGAGAAUUUCAAUCUCAGAGAUUUCCAUCAUGCUGUAAAUAGCUUGUCUGCAGAUCACUUGCUUCCAAGGUCAAAGGCUUUUGAAUUUUCACAAAGCCAUCAACAAGUGUCAUGUUUGAGUACACUUUUGACGAGCAAUGGAGGACUGUAUUCCUGGGGCACUGAAACCAUAGGCAGGAAGGUAAUCAUGAUCAGUAGCUUUUUCAUGGAGAAUGCUGUAACCUUCCGGAAAACUGUGAUGGAUGCAGCUGAUCAUUGUGUGACAAUAGAAUUCAUUCAGAUUGAAUGUGAAGUUCAUACAAAAGUCCAAUGGGGAAGUUUUUCAGAGUCCAUGCUCCUAGAAAAGGUUAAAGAUUUCACAAAUAGUAUCUCUGAUUUUAAAAAUUGUUUGUUCCACAGAGUUCAGAGAGAUCAUUGGAGUUUUUGCAGUCUUGUUAAACGGUGGUUCCAAGAUAUAAAAGAUGAACUUAGAGAACCUGUGCAAGCAGUCCUUGUUUUCAAAGAUAAUCUGGUGGAAUCUAGAAAUAAAAUUUUCUGCAACUUAUUUCCUGCAAUAAUGCAUAUUGAAGACAAAUUCCGGCCUUGCCAGACAUGCAGAUGCCAUGGAGCUUAUACAGACACUGCGAAUGCUGUGAAGGAAGGAAAUAAAAAAUCAGUAUGCCCAAUUACAGGCCAAGAGCUUGAUAAUUAUGACUUGACUGAAAAUGGAUUAAAGAUAGGUCUGGAAACAAUUUUACUUCUACCGUCAUUUAAGAAGAUUCCCAGACUUGAACCUGUCUCUACAACAGUAGCAUUUAACAUCAUUCAGUGUGUACGAUUGGCUUCUUUGAGUGAAGAUCUAUUUUUUGGGUCUUCAUUUAUCAUAUUAGCUUCUUCCAACCAUCUCACAACAGAGGGAGAUAAAACAAAGACAAAUCAUCAAACUUUUUUAGGUCUUUGUCAAGCUCUUGAUUCAAUGGAUUGUGGAUUAAUUUGCGCAUCAUCCUGUGAUGUUGAAUGCAAGUUUGAGUCUACUAUUCCAUGUUUUUAUCUACUUCAACCAACCAGCACUGCAAAAGUGCUACUUCGAAGAAUUGCUACGUCAGAAGAAUAUUUACCUAUUCCAGAUUCAGUUGAAGCAAUGUACACUGCUGUACCUGAGGAGUUCAUAGCCUCCAUCAACUCCAGCUUGACAAAGAUGGGUUUCCAAGAUUACAACCCACUAAACCAAGAGCGGGGUUGUCAUACAAAAUUGAAUUGGCUUGUUAAAGAAAGUUUACAAUUCAGAUCUGUGGCAUUGCCAACACCAAAUCCACAAGAGAAUCUUUCAAUCAAUAGCCAGAAUUUACCAAUCGAUAACCAUAAAUCUGUGCCCAUUCAAUCACCAAAUCCAGAUGGUGAACAGAAUUUAGAUAUCAGCAAAUACAGGGCAGAUCAAGGGAAUCUCCAACCUGAUAAAAUGGGAAAAGAAAGACAUGAAAAAAUGAAUAUGUCGCCAGGUCUUCUUGCUAAGGGGCAAAUUCCAAGUAUUCUUGAAAGAAUAGAACCACUUAGAACUUUCAAUAAGUUGAAUAUGAGCUCAACUGUAUCCCUAUUAGAAGCAGUAAAUCAGUCAACACCUAGGACACCACACACCCAAGCGUGCAGUGUAUCUCAAAAAUCAAAGGCUUUAAUGGGCAUGAAGAAACCUCUACUUCCUUUUCAGCCAUCCCAGCUACCACGACCAAGCUUCAGUCCAAAUCCAAAUCCUCAACUUAAGCCUAACUUUAGAAGGAUCAAGAGAUCAAAAAACUAACUUUAUAAGGAUCAGAUGAUAAAAAAACUAACUUCACGAGGAUAAAGAAAACAAAGUCGAACUUGUAAAUAGAACCAUAUGUUCAUUUGAAUAUUGGAUUGAUUUCAGCUCAGCUGAUGGCUGCUAACUAGGCAUUGUGGAAUAGAAUCUUAUCACAAUCUUGUUUGUUUACAGCUAAGAAACAUUCUGCUGAAUGCCUAAAUAAGAGAUUCCAGUAGUGUUGCUCUUGCCAACAUACAACAAAGUUACCAAACUAAUAACAUAUCAGAUUCCAUUCUCUUGAGGUUUGAGCAUAUUAAUGUAAGAGCAAACUAAAGUUUAUAUGUUCUGCAUAUAACACUUAUUGUUAAUAGAAGGCACGACUAUUCAGUAGCAAUAUAUCCAUGACUGAACUAAAGGAAAAUCAUUUGAGCAGUAGAAUGGAUUUCUUCUAUUGUUAUUAACGUGCCCAAUGCAGCAUCAACAAUUGUUUGCCAACAUUUGAAUUUUAGAUGUGUACAUCAAGAAGAGAUGUAUUUAACUGACUCAGGUGGGAUUCCCUGUACAUUUUGUUGGAAAAGACUAACUUCAAGUAACACAAACCUUGUACUUUUUUAGAUUUAAAAGGUUGGAUAAGACUUCACAUUUCA